CCGGCGCAUGACGAGUUAUGUUAUGACUAGAAAUCUCGGAAGAAACGCCCAAUUUUUGCUUUCAAAUAUACUUUGCCUACUCUAUAAUUAUGACUGAUAUACAAACAAAGUAUCAGAAAUUGGCUCAGGAAUUUGCAAAGCUUCGAGCUCAAAAUCAGGUUCUAAAGAAAGCUGUUAUCGAGGAGCAAGGGAAACAUACACAGUUUAAGGAUGCUAUUAAGGAAAGAGAUCAAAAGGUACGUAAAUUUGAACAAGAGAUUGACAGUCUGACCUUUCGGAACCAACAACUCACCAAGCGGGUGAACAUCUUACAAGAAGAUCUGGAGCUUGCCGAGACAAAGGCAAAGAAAGGAAAGAAUAAAGUAGCUGCUGAGCCUACGGCUCACCCUAGACUUGAACAGAAUGUGAUCGGAGAAGAAUUACGGAGUAAAAUUCAGGAAAAUGAACGAUUACAUAUACAGUUUAACCAGUCCUCAGCUGAGCAUGAGCAGAAAUUGAUAGCAUUACAAGAUCGACUCGUUGUCCUAGAAACACAGAACAGCCAGCACCAGAAGGUCUUAGAAAACACCCAGAAACAAAAUAAAGAAAUGAUAGAGAAGUUACAAGAAGAUAAGGCAAGACUCGAGGUGAAGAUUCGUAACAUGGAAAAAGAGUCUGGAGACGCAGUGAUGACAGCUGAGAGAUGUCAGCAGGAACUGCAAAAACUUGAGGAAGAUCUUGGUGGUAAACUGGAUGUUGCCAGGAAACUAAUUACAGCUAAGCUACCAUUCAACGAUACCGAGAUUCGUAAGUUCAAUGCCUUGAAUGUACCGACACAUGACAGAAAACAACAGCAAAGAACCAAGGAGUUGGUUGGGAAGGCUAAGGUGUUAGUGAGUGAAUUGUGCUCAGCUCUGUCUAACUUCCAUACUUACACUGAACAGAGGUCCAAAAUAUUCCCCAUCGAUGCCUCAACCGGUAGUCUAAGUAACGUCAAUGCCAAAUUUUGCUCAUUUCUUCAUGAAAAUGCAUCGUAUUUGAGAUCAAUUGAAACCAGUUUUAACAACUUCUAUGAAGGCAUCACCGAAGAUGCUCUUACAACUCUAGAAACUGCUACUGGCCUACAAGACUUCUCUGGUAAAUUUAGCAAAUAUGUUGCAUAUUUAAAUAAACUACUUCCUUAUCAGUUACUAAGUUUGGAAGAAGAAUGUGCGUUGUCAUCCUGUUCACAAACGCUAGAAUCAAGAAACAUGGAAUUGCAUAGCUCCCUCAAGAAACUCACCUCAGCAUUCACAAAGUUGGACUCCUAUGUACAGCUUCUAGCAAUGACCAGUAACAAAUCAGGUGACCUUCCUCAGGCCAAUCACAGGGAGUUCUUCAAUAAGCUUAUCUCCAGUGUAACCUACCUAUCUAGUAUAGUAAAAGAUGUAUCAAAGAGCUAUAAUUUCAAAGUUUCCCUUGAACACCAGCUUCCGACUGCCACACAGAAGUUGAAGACAACUGAUGAAUGCGUUGUUUCAUCCCUUAUCUCAUUGGUUACCUGCACAGGAAAGUUGUCAAACUUUAUGAAGUCUAAUGUUGACAUGUUUAGCACUCCCGGCGGCUACAAGACCAGAGGUCACAGUUUUAUUCAAGAUGAAAAUCAUCAGGGACGAGUUACCUCACCCACAGUCUCCUCGCUCAGGCAGAAAUCAGUUAAUUACAUGGCUAUGCUUAACAAGCCCUCUCCAGAUUCUGUGCCGUACAUCCUGGCGUUGAACAAUCGCAGGGUACUGGUCAGCUCAACGGAGAGUAAGGAAGGCCUCGCACAGCAACUCGCUACCAAUGCAGACAAGGUCAGCCGACUAGAGCAAGAAAAAGAGCACUGGUUACUUGAGGCUCAGCUUCUGCAGAUCAAGUAUGACAAGGAAGCAAUGAAAGUUAAUCGGCUUCAAUCAGAACUACAGAAACACUUAUCAGGCAAUCAAGUGGCUGUAGUACCACAGCAAGUAGUCACUGACUCUCACAGUGCGGACAGCAAAGGGGCAACAACAGUCACUGAUCCAGUGCUUGGCACAUUGUCAAAGCAUCCUAUGGACUUCGGAGAAAGUGAGGAAACGUCCAGAGAAAACCUCAUAAAAAAACACUACACCAGCAAAGUGUCCGUGAUGACCAAUCAGCGCCAAAUGAUAGACAGCAAGUCCGUCAGUUUCCAAUCAGAGGCUGCUACUUGA